GGUAGUAAAACGUGGGUAUGAAGCCUUUGCAGGUUCCCUUCUGCUCUGGAGAAUGAAUCAAGCCUAAUGUAUGUAGGGGGAAGAAGAUAUAGCGUUGCAUUUUGACAAGUUGUGCCUUUUUUCUGCCACCAUCAGUAAAGAAAAAAAAAAAAGGCUCCUUUAUUGUCACCAAUGGCUAUGAUUGACCUGUCUGAUCAGCUGGACUGGAUUUGUUAUGGUGGCUCUGGGCUAGUGGUUUAUGGGAUAACGUGCUGUCUAAGCUCUCUAUACAUGCACACCCCAGUUAUCCUUCACACACCUCUGCUACUCCUUCAUUCCCUGUUCUUCUCUUUCUUCCCUCUGUGAGGCAACCGCAUCUUGCUAAUGAUCUGUCCAGGAAACAUGUUAUAUUUCCCUCCUGUUUAUGUGACUGUGGGAAUGUUCAUUCCCUCAUCAGUUACUUCUGAGAUCCUGUGAAAAAGUAUGGUGCGGGGUAACUGGAAAUCAGGCAUGCAAAUGAAGAGAGAUAUGUGUUGUUUCCAAAAUACAUUUCUUUCUAGGAUGUAAAAAGGAGAAAGUUCCCUUGUUCAGAGUCUUUCUCACCCAAAGCUAUAUCUUGGAGAGGAGAGAAGGAAGAGCUAGUGUUCAUGUCAUUGCCAGUGAUUUUAAGUGUUCCCACAGGAGAUCCUGCAUGUACUUGACAUGGGCUCAUUUGUGUGUUGGUUGGUUGCCUCCAUUCCCAUCGGUGCCUGCUCUCCGCUUUAUCUCACUUCCUCAGUGCCUUCCUACUCCUAUCAAACUUUAAAAUGGCAUUUUUUUGACUAAUCCUUGCUGACAUUAGCGGCCUUAAUCAUAGCUCAUGUUGAGGUUGGGAAGGCUUCUCAAGCAAGGAAUGUUCAGUCCCAGAGGUCAUGGAAACCAGCCAGGAAUUUCUGCUCUCCCACUCCCAGGGGCAUGAAGAGCCUGCAGAAGAAAAGUUGAAGGUGACUGUUUCCUUAGCUGAAAUGUCAUUGACCAGAAUUUGAGAUGUUUUCCAAGACACUUAGAGAUUGAGAGAGCGGUUUGGGAAAUGAGUGCUGUCUUGAUGGGAAAGAAGUGAUGGUUUCAAAUGAGAGUCCAAUAACAUAAUACAGAAAAGUGUCAUCUGAAGAAAGAAAUCAUCAGGCAUUGUCUUCUCAAGACUUGGGAGCCUGUUUUUUUUCCUCCAUUUGAUAUAUGUUUGCAGCUUGUUUGUUGAGAGAGCUGGAUAUUCAAUGCCCAGGUAUCGUUUCUUGUAUAUAUGAACACAAGUUGUCAGAAUGGGCUAAAAAGUUGUCUGAUCUCUGAGGAUAGUGUCUUACUCCAAAGAAAAUUGGUGACAGUGGGACUAAAGUUCUCUCUUUCAUAUAAGAAGGAUAUCUUAACAGCACUCAUGGGAGGAAGGACAUGUUCAACCUAAUAGGAUAAUGGAAUAAUAUGUUGAAUAUAUCAGCUUUGACACAGACCAGCUGGUGGCUGUAGACACAAAUAAUCUAAGGAAAACAAAUUUUGAAAUAUUUCAGGAAACGGCUAUACGCAUACAGUGCGCUGUGUGUGGGGUGACUUCUGUGUACGAGAAAAAAGAUAAAAUCCCCUCUCUUUGGCUGUGGGUGGAGUGUCCCACUCAUUCCAGGAAAAGAAUAAAUUCCAUAUUUAAUAAUAGUUGGGACUGUAAAUUCACUACAGUCUUCUCCUCUGGACUCACAGAAUUCUCCUCUGUGAGGCUGGACCAAAGGUCCUGUAUGGAGUCAAGCUGGUAAGCAAAAAAAAAAAAAAAAAAAAAAAAAAAAAAAAAAAAAAAAAAAAAAAAAAAACCAAAAACCCAAAACCAAACAAAAAGCUCUUCUAGAGCUACUAUUAGAAAUUUCCUUAGAAAUUACUGAAUACUAGUUUUUGCUCAGCAGGAAAGUUAUGUCCACCAGUAAAUCCUCUGCAGUCUCUUCCUUCUUUCUCCUUCCGUUAGCUUUUGUGUUUCUAGUCUCUGGUCUCCCUAGACUGCUGUCUAACAAUGAAAUGAAAUGGUUAACAUGGACUUUUUAUUUUAUUUUUCCUUCAUAAAGCCACUGAGAAUGAGUUUUGCAGCCCAGUGAGAUACUUAGGUAGAACGUAACUGCUCUUCUCAGAUCUUUCAUUUCAGGUUCUUUACAGACUUCAGCAGAUACUGUUUCAGCUGCUCCAUUCUGUUCAUGCAUAGAUUAUUUUCUUUGAAACUGUGAAGGAUAUAAAUGCACUUUUAUUCCUAAAUUAGAGCUCAGAUCAGAUCCUGAACUGGAGUGCAUCAAGCAAACCACAGCUACUUGGUGGAUGGAUGCAUUACCGUAUAGAUAGUAUGAUUCUUUCAGUGCCUCUCUUGGGUUAAGAGUUGUGUAUUAUCUUCAGGCAAUGUGUAAAUUCUGUACUUAAACCCAGCUGCACAGGUUUCAGGGUGUUGUGUGACAUCCGUAGUAAAUGGCUUCGCGUUCACUCUUCUGUGGCUAAGAAUACCAAGACUUGAAAGAUAGUAUCAGUGAUACAAGCUGCUGAAGAGUCUUUGAAAGAUGCUGGAGAUGCCUUGAUGCCUUGAGGAGGCCAGUCAAUUCUCACGCUGGUCACUGCAGAUUUCCUCUGCCUCUUUCUUUCUCUCAUUAUUAUUAUUUUCAAUAGUUUUUUUAGCUCAUGCCAUUGCAAGUCAGCAAACGUGUAUGCGUUUGGGCAGAGGGAUAGAGGAAUGUGCUACACUCUUCAUAGAAGUAGCUUCCUUCUUCCUCAUCUGACAGCAGGGUGUCAGCAGCAAGUAUCGCUUUCUUUUGAAAGAAUGGCUUGGUAAAAGGUACACUAAUGAGAUAUAUUCCAUUGAAGAGUUAUUUCUGGCACAGACAGAGCUGGAAGGAAGUCAGCAUUACACACACACACACUUUGGCCUGGGAAGGUCUGAGAACCCUUUAAGUACUUGGCUCAGAAAUGGCUCUCUUCCUUUUAUCUGGGAGAUUUCUGCUUUCCUGUUAAGUUAAUUAAGCUUCUGUUUUGUCUUCCUCAUGCCCUUUUGCCAACAUCUAGCUUUUUCAUGAGGACGCUAGUUCAAUAACCAUCAUUUAUAGUGUCAAGCUUAGGUUACUACUUUUUUCUGCCAGAUGCAGCUGCAGCUAUCUUCCCAAUUUCACAUGUUGCUGUGAGCCAGAGAUACUGGCUUUCUCUACUCAAAUGUGCCAUUGAGGCCUCACAAUCUCCCCUCCAUGAGCUGCCCUUAAAACUUGUCAUGCUUGUCGUCUUCCCACUUUUCUGAAGAAAGCACUUGUUUACACUGAGCAACUGAUUUGGAUUGCAGUAAAAUUUGCAGUUCAAGUGGAAUAUGACUUCUGAUCAGCACUGUGUAUGCAUGCUCCCAUUGUGGAACAAGAAGCUGUUUACUCAGAAGUGAAUUCCAGAGCAGAUCCAGUUAUUCUGAAGCAGAAGUGUGCAAGCUGGAUGUUAAUGUAAUUCCCUGUACAUAAAGCCUCUGAAUGCCCAAAAUCUUGAGUCUGUGUUCCUGUCUGUUGGGACAAAUUCAGCUGAGGGGCUGAAGCCACUUUUCCCACUCUUUAUUGACUGCUCUAUACAGGCUUUGACCUGCUGGAAGAAUAUUCAGUGCCUGUUCUAGAAUUUACCCAUUAAGCAUCCAGUUCAGUGGGCAAGUUGAACAAAUUUCCUCAUUGAGUUCAUUUAAAUGGCAUCAAACCCAAGCCCACACAAUGGAAAGUAUUGAGUCAUUUGGCCAAACUUUUAGCCAAACCUGCUUGCCUAUAGUUAGGGCUUCAAGGCCAUCUAAUGAGCUCUCCUGAAGCAAUUUACUUUUUUUUUCCUGAAAUUCUUUUCAGUGAUUUUUUUUUUCUCAAGGGCAGUGUAAGCCUCCCAUAUUCUGCAUUUGUUUUUGUCUUGGAUGGCUUUGAGGUAGAUGUUUGGGGUUACUUUUCAUUCACCCCCUUUAUAGACAGCUAAAUGACUGAAGAUCAUCUUUUUCAUGUUUCCAAAGCUCCUAUUAUUUUCUGUAUGGUAUUCCUAUCAACCCUUUCAAACACUUUUUCCAAAGCGUACUGAGUUCACUUACAGCCUUGGCUCAGAAGGGAACUCCUUGGGGGUUUUCAGGUUAGCCAUGCAACAGAUUCAAAUUCAUCUUUCUCAAAAACUGAUUAUUCAAUCCUAAUUUAGACGACUGCUCAUUCCAUUCUCUAACAAUAUUCUUGCUAAGGAUCUUGCAGUGUAAAACAUCAUGUUCCAGGCCCUGCUUCAUCUCCCCAGCUCUUUUACGCUAUGAAAUAACUAAUUUCUGUAAGAAUUCAGACAAAGAUUCUUCUACUAUGAGGGGAGUGGCAUCUUCCUCUUCCCAGAUUAUACCUAAAAUUCAUUCAUUUUGUUGUAGACUACUACCCGCUUUGAUGAAGGAUUAGAGCACUCUAUUUAUAGUAGGUGCUUAAAGACCGGGCUUCCUGGACCAGUGGAAAACAAAUGCACCAGAUUUUAUUCUUUUGUUCUUUUAAUAAACUGUCCGUGAGAUUCUUCCCCUCCCCUCCUUUCCUGCUGGUUUACUUGCAUUCUUAUAUGUUCAGUGUUUUUCUCCUCCGUCUUUGUUCCAGUUUAUCAGCAAUUUACACACAGUUGUUUCCCAGACUCCGUGAUUUCAACAGCAAAAAUAACAGUGACCUUUUGAGCCCAUGAGCAAUCGUGAUGGUGACAGUUUAGCAGAAAGUUACAGUAAUGAACAAGAGCGCUACUCUUAAAUGUUAGGUCAUUAGAUGUGUUUUAUGAGUGUUUAUUAUCCCUUUAAUGCACUUCCUGUGUGCCAGGGAGACAGACAUAUUACCGAGUAGAAUGAAAUUUUUUAAUUAGCCAAAGUGGUCAAUUUGUGAUUCUCUUCUAGUUUACAGACACAUUUCCAGGUGUGAUUUAGUCAAAGCAAGCAAGCAGAAUGUUUCUUGAUAAAAAGGCAAUAGUGCUAACAGCAGAAGAACUCUUCCAAACGUAGGUUAACUCGGUAAUAACUGUGAGCUGAUCUUUUCUUGUUGAAUCGAAGGGAAGGAGGCAAGCAAAGUGACUGCAAACCUACAUUUUGCUCCCCAGACAAGGGGUUGGUUGGGGACUCCAUUGGUCCCAGGCAUGCCAGAGAGCAGACAAAACGUAUUGUCAACAAUGAACUUCCUCAGUUCUUCAGCCACUUCCCCUUAACCAGCCUUCAGAAUGGCAGGAAGCCAAGAGCAGAUGACGAAGCCAACUACAUGAGGUUUAUAAUUUGGCUGUCCUGCUCCACAGGUGAUUGUACCUGUGGCUUUGAUAGUCCAUGGGAAAGGCCGGGGAAUCCAAAUGCAGACCCUAAUUUUUUGUCCAUAUCAAAAUCCUUAUCUCCAUUUUUGAGUUCAAUUUGAAUGCAGGCCCAUUUCUAAAACUGAUAAGAGCACUUCUAAAGAUUUAAUUUAAGUAGAAUUAGUAAAAGAGUUCUCUGUGUGUAAGCAGUGUAAAGCUCCCCCAACUCCAUUAUUGCCCCAGCAAAACAAAAAGCAAAACCAAAAAGUAAUGUUAGUAGCAAGAAAUCCUGGUACAAAUGAGUGACUUCCAGAGAGUUCUGAUGUUCCUACACUGCAGCACCCCUACAUCUUGUCUGUAUCUGUGUAUAACCCAAAGCAGGACAGCAAGGAAGUUUACCAUCUUCCUUCCUGUAGCCAUGUAUUAAGUAGCAUGAAGCUAGCGUGUACCCUCACCCUAUAUUUUAGCUUUUCUCUCUUACAGCCUUCCUAAUUACCCUUCACGGCCUGUUGCUUGCAUUUGAAAUGCUUUGAAUCAGGUGUCUCUGAUGAUAAUUGUUUUUUAUCGCUGUAUAGACCAAAGAGAUCUGUGUUUGAGGAGAAGCAAUGUAGAGAUCUCUUUUGCAGCACAGCUCGGUAGUUAAUUUUGUGAUCACGAGAAAAGAGACACGUAGAAGGUCAUUUUGAAGAAUGUUGCAGUGUCUAGAAAGCAAGUUUAGGCAGGCCAUCAGUAUCAUGUGGCCUUGCAGGACAUGCCUGGAUCCACGUCCACCUAAAUCCCUUGAUAGGUGUUAUUAACAAACAGCGUGACCCCAUGCACGGUCUGAGACGGAUUGUCCCCUUCUUGCAUUAGGCACAGGAUUUAUUUAUUCAGCUACCCUGGGGAACGUUGUGUGACCCAUUUAGAGGAAUGACAGCAGAAGAAAGUGUCUGGAAACAUGAUUUGCAUGAUAUUAGCACUGUUUGUAAAAAGCUGAGCGCUUCAGAGAGAGUAUAUGUACAUAUUACAAACUGAGAAAGGAAAUUCUUCCUCAUCCGUGCCUCCUAGCUCUGAUAUGUGAUGCUUUUUAGCCUUUACUCCUAUCUUGGGUUACAGUGGAGACACUUUGUUUGUUUAAGUCUUUUCUUGGGUCUUUCCCAGCUUUAGCCUGAACUCUAGAUAUUUGGCUCUCAAAUUCAUCCUCCAGAGUGCUUCUGACUAAUGCCCGGGUGCUAUUGUGGGGUUUUACAGGAAUUCUUGGGAGCAGUCUUACAGCACAGAGCGUAUGAUCCAGUGUUAUCAAACCCAGUUUUAACUCUGAGUUGGUAUCUGUGCAGCACAGGGCUCCAUCGCAGAAAGACAGGCAAGCUGCUUUCUGUACACAGUGCACCCCUGUGGUCCUGAAAUCUUUGUCUGACUUUGGGCCAUCCUGACUGAGGGCAAUAGAGAUGGAAAGUGUUUUGGUCCUGGUAAUUCAGUACUGGGAAGAAGUUUAAAUACGGAGAUUUGAAGAAGUCAACACCAGAAUUGAGAUCUGGACUCAAGCAUCAUACUUAGCAGAUAAUUGCAAUGACCGAGGUGGAACAUUCAGAUUUAGAUCCAAGCUCUCUAAUAUGCUUUGUCUGGGAUACGGAAGGCAUCUUCCUUUAUUAGGUUACUUUCCUGAUGAACAUUAACAUUUCGUGCUUUGAAGGUUUAUUGUGUUGGCUGGAAUUAUACCUUUAUAUACGCGUAGUCCCUAUGGAAUAGCCUGAUCUCCUUUCAUCGCUAUUAGUAAUUCUAGGCUUGUCAUUUCCUGUUCACGCAGUCUGGACUUCGCUGUGUUGUUGCAGGAUGGUUGAUACGGCGCGCAGGAAAUGUACUGUUUUUUCAGAUCUCAACUGUGUUCAUGAGUAUUCUUUUCAGGGGCUUCAGUUUUAUUGCCCUGAAGUCCAUUUCCUACAUGUAGCACGCUUUAACGAAUUACAAACAAACAACUCACCAAUAGAGAAGUCAGUGAAAGUUCACACUAAGAAUAGAAGCUGGAAGAGAAAAGUUCAGUUAUGUGACCUUCCUCAGGAGCUGGAUACAAAAUAGACCUGCUGUUUUUUCUUUUAAUUUGCAGUCCAGGCAGAAAAGAACUUGAAUAGUUCCCAGCGAAACCCAGGCCCUUCUGUUUGUUUCUACGACUCUCCAGAAAUGCUUUAUUUGUUAGCUGACAUCCUGAGUAUGCUGAUAGGGAAACAAACUUAACGUGGUUUCCUAAUUUCCCUGAAUUUUUGCAUUGGUAUCUCAUUCUGUAACGUUUAAAGAUCUGCCAGCCAAGAAGAGAACAAAAUGUUACUGAUACAUGCCUUUAAAAUUGGCCAUUGAAGCAAAUCAGGAUCAUCAAAUGGAAAACACCAUGUAACUGUCAGUCACUGCUUGUUAUUGCUCUGCAGAAAUAUGUGCGGGAAGGGAAGGUAAUCACUAAGAACAGGUUUGCUGGACCUUGAUCACAAAAACAGAGACAGUGCUACACCAAUGACUACGGAGCAAAUACUAAUAAUGGACGAGUUAGUUAUCCAGGCUUUUUUAAAGUUCUUUCCUUUCAAAUGACGGAAUUUCUUCUCUUUCUUAUUCACUGUUUUUGUUUUGUAACGUGCUGUUGCCCCUCCUCUGAGCUGAUCUUGGAAAUUCCCCCAAAGACUGAAGGGCUCUUCUUAAGGCCCUCUGCCUCAAGGAGCUCCGUCCCUCACACAGCACCAGGAGCAUCACUGCACCAUUUGGGUUAAAAAAGGAACAAUCACAUCUCAGAAUGCCGUGACGACACCUGACUGUCCCUGUGCACUUUCUGUUUAAAGUUCAAUAUUAGACACUCUCUCCAUGAUAUUCUUUUUUUGGCCUAAAGGGCUUAAUAUUUAACUGAGAACAGCAAACAGCUGUAGAUGUGAAGAGCUGAACGUCGUUAUAUCCUCUAGAAGAUUCAUAAAACAGUGCUCUUUUCUUCAGUUAGAUCAAGGCCUUAACUUGUUCUAGCCUUUGUUGGACAUUAACUUUGGUUUGGGGAUGAUAUUCUGUUGACAUUUGGUCUCAAAUCUAUCUUGAGGGCAAAAUUAUUUUUUACUCCUGGCUCGUGAUCAGAGUCUUGCUGCAACUAAAAUGGACACGCACACAUCCGUGAAAACUAUUGUCAUUUUAUGAUCUCCUUCCUAUUUCGAAGCCUUUUUGUUGAAUGCUGUCGUCAUAAAAAGCUCCUGAAGAUGUUCUGCUUUUAGAUUAGUUAUUUCUGAGGCUGCAGAGCUGCCCCAGAAGUGACAAGUGACCUGGCACGACCACGUCCACGGUUCUUUAACCCUUUGGGGCACCUCAGGUUUAGCCACCGGGCAACCUGAGGGCACCAACCCCCUCCUGCAGCCCCCAGUGCUGCAUGGCUGGGUCUCCAUAGUGGGGAGGCUGGGGAGAAAGGGGAGUGGCCACCAGGACCCAGCGGGGGUAAAGUCCACGGGGCUGCACGCCCAACGGCCGCUUAGUGCACCCAACGGCCAGGCCAUGGCGGGAGAGCUGGAGUCACUGGAGUCGUGCCUGGAGAGGCACAUCCCGCCCCAGGACCUGGCCGAGGUGAAGCGCAUCCUCUACGGGGGUGAGACGAGAAAACUUAGCUUGCCAGUGGCUGCUCUAUCAUCUGCUCAAGAAAGAGAUUUUGAACUACAGGGCUAUGGAUUUGAUGCUGCUCCAGAGCAACUGAGAAGGCCCCGUAUCGUUCGAGUAGGACUGGUGCAGAACAGGAUUCCUCUUCCCACAGACACAGCUGUGGCAGUGCAGGUGGCUGCACUGCACAGACGAAUUGAGGAGAUUGUGGAAGUAGCUGCAGUGUGUGGGGUCAACAUCAUUUGUUUCCAGGAGGCUUGGACCAUGCCCUUUGCUUUUUGUACAAGAGAGAAGCUUCCUUGGACUGAAUUUGCUGAGUCAGCAGAGAAUGGGCUAACAACAAAAUUCUGUCAAGAGCUGGCGAAGAAGUACAAUAUGGUUGUGGUAUCUCCAAUCCUGGAGCGAGAUGAAAUACAUGGAGGAACUCUGUGGAAUACUGCAGUGGUCAUUUCUAACUCAGGAGCUAUCCUUGGCAAAAGUAGGAAAAAUCACAUUCCAAGAGUUGGAGAUUUCAAUGAGUCUACUUAUUACAUGGAAGGAAAUACAGGACACCCAGUAUUCCAGACGCAGUUUGGAGCAAUUGCUGUGAAUAUCUGCUAUGGGCGCCAUCACCCCCUGAACUGGCUCAUGUACAGUUUGAAUGGAGCAGAGAUCAUCUUUAACCCUUCAGCCACCAUCGGAACACUCAGCGAGUCCCUGUGGCCAAUUGAAGCACGAAAUGCUGCCAUAGCUAAUCACUGCUUUACGUGUCCCAUCAACAGAGUGGGAACGGAAUACUACAAAAAUGCCUUUACUUCUGGGGAUGGUGGAAAAGCACACCAUGACUUGGGCCAUUUCUAUGGCUCGAGUUACGUAGCUGCACCAGAUGGCAGUAGGACCCCAGGACUCUCUCGUACUCGGGAUGGACUUCUUGUUGUAGAGAUGGAUCUAAAUCUUUGCAGGCAAGUCAGUGACAAAUGGAAUUUUAAGAUGACUGGUAGAUAUGAGAUGUACGCAGACAAGCUCGCUGAGGCAGUCCAGCCUUGUUUUACACCCAACAUAAUCGGAGAGUAAGAGAGAUCAGCUCAGUACCAGCAAAUGUUACACAGUAAAUGGAAAGCCAUAGCUGGACCAGUGCCUUGGAUGGGCUCCUUCAGGGUCCAAAAGCAAGGCUGCAGACCAAUGCUUUUAACAUCUCCAGUAGCUUAGUGCUGUGCUGUGAGACAGAAAUGGAAGCAGUAGCUCAAGCACAAGCAGGGCUGGUGCAGUUGCCUACUUUCCUUUGUGAACAGAAAGCCACAGAGCUGCUAUUGGGGAUCAUAUUGUUAAUAACAACGCAUGGACUAUUGUAGGCUCUUCAUGUAUACGGAAAGUUUGUUUUGUAGAGCCCGAGUGAUGGAGUAGGCAUUCAAGUACAGAAGGAAUACAAUUUGCAGCUUAGUCAUUAUGAAUUUACAU